UACUAGUACAAAUAGCUUCUCUCCCUUUCCUUUCUCCUAUCUUUCUCUCUCUAUAACCAACAACAGGAAACGCCUCUCUCUCUCUCUCUCCAUCCAUUUCCGUUCUAACCACCAACAGAAAACUCCCCUCCCUUCUCUUUUUCUCUCUCUCUCUGGGUCUCAGACACCUGUGCCUCUGUCUCCUGUGUCACUCUCUGGCAUACCCUCUUCCUUGUUCUUCCACCUGUAUUUUCCUUCACCAUUUGUCUAUCCCUCUUCUGUUCUUUGAAUCUAUCUCUAAAAUCUUUGUGUAUUUUCUCAAUCUAUGAGAUUGUAGUCGAGAUGGGGAAGUACAUGAGGAAGGCGAAGGCUACAGGGGAAGUAGCGGUCAUGGAGGUUUCGCAGUCCUCCUUGGGGGUCCGCACAAGAGCUAAAACCCUAGCUCUGCAGAGGCUCCAGAAGUCUGGUCUGGCGGCUGCGGCGGCGGCUUCGGCUUCGGCUUCGGCUUCGGCUUCGGCGAGCUCUGGGUCUUACCUCCAGCUGAGGAGCCGACGACUCGAAAAGCCCCCAAUUCACGACUCCAGGAGACACAGGCACAGCCAAUCUCCUCCUAAUGAAAGCUGCAUGCAAAACCCUAACCCUAGCUCUGACUCUAAAGCAGACCCAAAUCCUACUUCUAGGGCAAGUUCAAGGCUGAGGGUGGGGUCUGUGACCCCUGGGUCUGGUGGGUCUGUUUCUCUUUUUGGUCUGAAGAAAGAUGAGGCACCAGAAGAUGCUAAAGAGAAGGUGGGCUUAGAGGAGGAGACUCCGGAGAACAAUCACAAUGAUUUUGUUAUAGAGGCCUCUUUCGGAGAAAAUAUUUUGGAAUUUGAAGGUAGAGAACGGAGCACUAGGGAAUCCACACCUUGCAGCCUGAUAAGGGACCCUGACGCCAUAAGAACCCCUGGUUCAACUACUAGGCCUGCCAGUUCAACCCAGACUAACUGGAGAACAGAGAACUCAAUGAGAAGACAUAUCCCAACAGCCAUUGAAAUGGAUGAGUUCUUCACUGGCGCAGAAGAACAGCAGCAAAGACUAUUUAUUGAGAAGUAUGCUCUAUGCAAAGAAAAAUUUUCUCCUUCUUGUCAAUUUUCCAACUGCAGGGCUCGUUUACCUUCCCAUGACCUGACAUACCAUUCUCUUUCCUUUUUUAUUCCAGGUACAACUUUGAUCCUGUGAAUGACAAGCCACUCCCUGGACGUUUUGAAUGGGAGAAACUGGAUCCUUAGAAGCUUUUAGCGUUCCAUCAGGACUUCUUUUCCUGCAGAUACUUGCUUGAUCUCAGUGCUUAGGUGUUUUGAAGAAAAGAGGCAGGAAUUAGUGUUAGUUUUAGAGGGAGGGCAGCAUUUCCAUUUGCCGUUCACCUUCUCUUACUUGUAAAGAAGUAGGGCUGUCAAAGAUGUGUGUAGACUAAUGAUCUGUAACAUAACAAAGCUUAUGAGUUAAACAACAAAUACAAAUCAAAAUCCUUUGUCUAACAGAUCAUGUGAGAGGGGAGGAAAUAGGGGGAUGUAGGUUAGGGUUUAAUCAAUUUAAGUUGGUCCAGUUGGUACAGAAAUUUAGUAGAUUUUGUUGUUUUUUUGUCUUUGUAAUUUCCUCCCCCACUUUUUUUUGUCCAUACUUGUACUGAUGGAACUCUGAACAGACUUUGGAAUAAACAUGACCCAUUUUCCCCA